GAGCAAAAGCAGGCGAAGGGAGGUUGGAGUUGUAUACCCUUUACAGUCCUGUUGACUGUGAAGGAGGUGCUGGAAAGGGAAGACGAUGCUCAUCCUGUCACACUCAAGUCUGCUCGGUUGGUCAACAAACUUUGGGAGCGUUGGGUGUCUGCGUCAGUAACCACACUCAAUGUUGUUGAGAAUAUACCAUUUGCAUUGGUGGCCGACAGCAUUGCACAUAGAUUUACAAGGGUGAGGAAAUUGGAUCUCAGCAAAUACAAAGAGCCUGUAGAGAAGGACUUUGCAACAUUGGGAUUGUUAAACGGCUUAACGCAGUUAGAACUGGGCAGUGGCCAGCUCACCAAUGUCACAUUUGAGCACUUAGGCAAGUGGAAGACCCUGAGGCAUCUGGGUGUCUCUGGUCACGGAGCUUUUCUGGCUCAGGCUUCAAAGGUCACAGACAAGGGCUUGGCACACUUGAGGGAUCUGGCAAACCUAGUGCACCUCGAUCUGUCUAACUGCUUCUCCAUAUCAGAUGAAGGGUUGGAGGUCAUUGGGACUUUGGUGUCUCUCACACACUUGGGGCUGCGCAGUUGUCCUCUCAUCACGGAUGUCGGCUUGGGGCACCUGGUGACUUUGACGGAACUCACCUGCCUCGAGUUCGCCAUCAGUCCAUUAAUAACAGGCGACGGUGUGUCCCAUUUGCAGAUGCUGACAAUGCUUCAGCACUUGGAUUUGGAGGGCUGCAAUGGCAUCGGAGACGAUGGCAUGGAAUAUGUGGGGACGAUGACCACCCUUACACAUCUUGGCAUGGCUGGCCUGGAAAAGGUGACGAAUGGAGGCCUGCUUCAUCUGCAAGAGUUGUGCAGCCUUCGAUGCCUGAAUGUGGGCAGCAUCACAACCAUCACAGAUUUGGGGGUGGCGCACUUGACAACCCUGGGCUGCCUUAUGCAUUUGGGCAUCCAGUGCUGCCGGAAUCUAGGAACUGAAGCGCUGGCAAAUGUGGGGAUGCUCAGCACCCUCACAUACUUGGACCUCACCGAGAUAACUGGCUUUGCAGAUGGUGCCUUAGUCCUUCUGUCGGGACUAACAGCCCUGGAGCACUUGAGUUUGGAGCGCUGUGAGCAAGUCUCAGAUGUGGGACUACAACAAGUGGGACGGCUGUCGACCCUUACCCAUCUCAAUGCGGCUGGUCUUCUUCUGGUCACAGAUGAUGGCUUGGCACACAUCCAAAGUUUGGUCAAACUUACGUACUUGAGCCUGCGGUAUUGUCCUCUCAUCACUGACUUGGGCUUGGGACGUGUGGCGAAGUUAACUGCACUCAUGUAUCUUGCUUUGGAUUACAAUCAAAACAUCACACACGAUGGCCUGGCGCAUAUCAGGGUGCUGACAUUUCUGGAGCACUUGAGCUUGAGGCACUGUCAGAAUAUCAUGCAUGAGGGGCUGGAAGGUGCUGGAACUUUUGCUGGCACUGCCGACUAG